AUGUCUCUUGAUAAUUUCACAAAGAAAGAAAAGCUUGGCGAAGGAACAUAUGGUGUCGUUUAUCGCGCCGUUGAUAAUAGAACUGGAGAAAUAGUUGCACUUAAACAAAUGCGUCUUGAACAAGAAGAAGAAGGAAUUCCUGUUACCGCGCUACGUGAAAUUGCACUGAUGAGGAACUUAAAUCAUCAAAAUAUAGUAGCUUUGAAAGAUGUUAUCAGUACAAAAGGAGCUUUAACAAUGGUGUCAGAGUAUUUGGAAUUUGAUUUGAGAAAAUAUAUGGAUUCAACACGUACUGGUGUUCAUCCAGCACUUCUCAAGUCAUAUGCAUUCCAACUUUUGUGUGGUAUCUGCUAUUUGCAUAGCAACAGAAUUAUGCAUCGUGAUAUGAAGCCACAGAACCUUUUGAUUAACAAAGAUGGUUUCCUAAAGAUAUGUGAUUUCGGUCUUGCACGAACAUUUACUAUUCCACCAAGGCAAUACACUCAUGAAGUUGUUACUUUAUGGUAUCGACCGGUAGAAUUACUUAUGAACUCUCCACUUUACGAUAUUUCAGUUGAUGUAUGGGGAACUGGAUGUAUUAUCGCUGAAAUGAUUUCAGGAAACCCGCUUUUCCCCGGUGAUUCAGAAAUUGACCAACUCUUUAAGAUUUUCAGAGUUUUUGGAACACCAACAGAAGAAACAUGGCCUGGAUUUACUAGACUUCCAGGAUAUCAGCCUACUUUUCCGAAAUUCCCAGAGCAAAAUUUAGCUGAGGUUUUACAUUGUAAUAAUGAUCUGUUAGUUGAUCUCCUCAAGCAAUUAUUAGAGAUAAAUCCAUCAAAGAGGAUCUCUGCAAUGAGAGCUUUGCAACAUCCCUUCUUUGCAGAUAUUCCUAACAAAUUGAUAUCUCUUUGUCUUCCUCCUGGUUGCUCUGUUUACGGAAAAUAA